AUGCGCGACGGAAAGGAGAAAGAUGUCGAGGCCGGCUGGGGCUCUGACGCGACUGCCCAAUACUCUCAUGAACAUGCAGAAACCGAACCUCCCCCACCGUCCCUUAGUGACAGAGACAGCAUCGAGCAGGAAGUGUUGACGGAAAAGCUCGAACGUGGGCGCAGCCGACAGGAGCGAAAAGCAGACCCCUAUGAAGAAGUCCGUGUGCCACCUUGGAUUUCGUUACCUUUGCCCCUUGGAGCGACGAGGCGCUCCUUCGCCAGUUCCCGGCGCACCAAGCUCCCUCCACCUCCGCCAGCACCCGUCCCGGUUUCUGACCUCGACAACGGUGUCGUUGGCUGGGAGAGCCAAGAUGACCCCGAGAUGCCCAUGAACUUUAGCGCAAAGCGCAAGUGGACUAUAGUUGGCUUCGUCGCCGCCAUUACAUUCCUCACCCCUUUCGCCUCGACCAUUCUGGCCCCCGCGAUUGGCUUCCUGGCCGAGGACUUCAGUGGGAACGGAGAAGCUGAUCUCACCAUGGCCUCCUUUCCCAUCAGCAUCUAUCUCCUCGGAUAUGCUGUAGGACCUCUCUUCCUCUCCCCCCUAUCGGAGAUUUACGGCCGUCACCUUGUUCUCUCGUCCGCCAAUGCCUUCUUUUGUGUGUGGCUCAUCGGCUGCGCCCUCGCACCCUCGCUGAACGCACUGAUUGUGUUUCGUUUUCUGACGGGUGUCGGCGGAUCCGGCUGCCUGACCAUCGGAGGUGGCAUCAUUGCCGACAUCAUACCGGUCCACCAGCGUGGCCGCGCCAUCACCGUCUGGAUGCUCGGCCCGCUCAUCGGCCCCACCAUCGGGCCACUCAUCGGUGCCUUUGUUGCGCAGGACAUCGGCUGGCGCUGGACGGGGUGGAUCGUCUUGGCUGCCUCAGUUCCCAUGGUCGUUGCCAUAGCCAUCCUUUCACAAGAGACCAACGCCCGUGUACUCAUUCAAAGGAAGACGGACCGCCUCCGCAUCGAACUCAACCGCCCCGAUCUACGGUCCGUCUAUGUGGACGCAAAUGCGCCACCGCAGUCCAAGUCUAUGGUUCUUGCUCGCGGACUGACCCGGCCCCUCAAGAUGCUCUUCCUUUCGCCGCUCCUCUUCUCCCUGUCCCUGUAUAUUGCCUUCUGCUACGGCGUGCUCUACCUGCUCUUCAACACCAUUCCUCUCGUCUUUCAGGAUCAGUAUGGCUUCUCACUCGGCAUGACUGGCCUCGUCUACAUACCCAUGGGCGUCGGCUACGGGGUUUCUCUCGCCCUCUUCAACUACAUCUCCGACCGCACCGUUAUCCGUCUCACCGCCGCCAAUCACGGCGUAUAUGAACCGGAAAUGCGCUUGCCGGACUGUGUUUACUUCGCCUGCCUGUUGCCCCUGACCUUCUUCUGGUACGGCUGGUCCGCGUACGCCCAGGUCCACUGGAUCUCCCCCAUCCUUGCUCUCUUGCCCUUUGGCCUCGGUCUCGUCGGCGUCUGGCAGCCCAUUCAGGCGUACAUCAUCGACGCGUUCCCCGAGUACGCGGCCAGCGCUCUCGCCGCUUUCACGGUCUUCCGGAGCGUCGUCGCUGCGUUUCUGCCACUGGCAGGGCCCAAAAUGUACGACGCCCUCGGCCUAGGGUGGGGAAACAGCUUGUUGGGGUUCGUGGCUAUCGCGCUGAUCCCAGUGCCGGCUUUGAUAUGCAAGUAUGGCGCGAGGUUCAGGGCGCAAAAGUUGAACUUGUAA